AUGAAGUCGUUAGCAGUAAGGAGGUCGAUAGAGAAGGGAACUAUCACCGUUGGAGGUAUAUUGAACAGUGAGAAUACCGGUAGGCUACUGGAUAAGGGUCCAUCACCCAAAGCAGAGGAUGCGGAAGCAUGGCGCGAGCUGUGGGGGCCGAAGUCUGAGUUGAGACGGUUCAAGGAUGGUACCAUGCUAGAGUGCUGUGUCUGGAAUGGAGCUGAUGACGAGUCAGUGGAAGGGCAGAUUAUUAGGCAUGUGUUGGAGCACCAUGAAGUGUCUUAUGAGGAGCUGUAUGUGACACCAUUGGGCCACAUUGCGGGACUGAGACCAGCUGAUAGGAGUCUUUGGCGCAACUUUGAGCUGCUCCGGGAUGCUCUACAGGGAAUGGAAGAUAUUCCUCUGGCGAUCAAGGAUGUGCGUCCAAGUGAUCCAGCAUUCAGCUACACGUCUAUCGAUCAAGAAGGCUCGAGUAUAUCCGGCCUCCUAGAGGUUGUCAUCGAGUUGGAGUCGAAUGCAGCUUGGCCGACCAAACCCCAGGCGAUCAUCGACACUAAACUGGCCUUGCUGUUGAAGAUUCAGGAGGGUUUGCUGGUUGUCCAGCUGGCCACAGCUGCCACUACCACCACUCCAAGCAAGCAAAGGAUGAGUUGGGAGUACUUCUCUCCAUUGCGAACUCUGUGGUACCAGCCGACCCAUCGGAACUGGAUUCACUCGAUGACCGCUUUAUAUCCAUGUCUAGCGCCGGCUAUUCGAGCAGCCAAGCGAUGGUUGGACAAACGACUUCUACUCAAAGGAGUUGGCUUGGAUAACUUCGCAGAGUUGAGCAUGAUGCAUGUGGUGGUGAGCCAAAAUCCCCAAUCUCCUCACACUGCAGUUCUGCUCUGGUUGAAGCUGAUUGAAAAUUGGCAUUCCAGCGAACGGCCCAUUUACUUGCUGCAGUCGCUGACGCCCGGUGAGGAGAACGAGGAGGAUAGUGAGGAGUCUGAACGUCUAUUAGAGAAACUGCAAGCUUGUUAUGAAGCUGUUCCUAUCUCGACCAGACCCAAGAUGUGGAUCAGCAGUCGCCUUGACCCGCAUUGUCUCUUGGUUCGUACUCCGAGCAAUGCACUGUGUCAGCGAAUGGCUUCUUUGGCUUCGGCUUCGCUCAAGCAUGCAUUAAGCGCUCGUUGGCAUCGAAUACUCAAACCCUUGCCGUCGGAGAACCUUUCCUCGCUGGAUGUGGUUAUCACACUGGUCCGAAAUAAGGUUGACGCAUCUCUACUACAGCAACAGUGCACUCGUCAUUUUGGCUCGGCCGGAGUCUUCCUUUGUGGUGCUCGUGGGUCUAUCAUUGGUAUCAAGUGGAGACCUGGUGCUAGUGUGGCCAGCAGGAAGCAGCUGGCCGGCGGGAUGCAGCAUUUGGCGGUUAGUGAAGAUUUGGUGGUGCCCAACUAUGCGUGGGUAUUGGAGAACGUUGUGAAGGGGAUGUGUGGAGGAGUGGUGAAAAAUGUCAAGAUGCAGGGGGUCGGCAGUAAUCUCCUAUAACGUAAACUACUACUACUUCUACCAACGUCAAAGGUUUCUCUU